UAUUUGAAUUGGCGUUCCUCUUGACUGCUAAAUAACGUACAAAUUUACAGAAGUUGUGUCUAUGUUUGGUGAAUGUGUCAGUUAAUUAGUUAAUUUUAUAUUUACUUAACUUCACAAUUUUAUUCUAUUGAGCCUGUUUCAAAUUUUAGUUCUUUUUCUAUUUCUAGAAUUUUAAUUUUAACGAUGGGCGACAAUUCAUCUGUGAAAGUAGCUGUGAGACUGAGACCUUUAGUAAAAAGUGAAAUAGAAAAGGGCUGUAAAAAUAUUUUAGAAGUGUACAAAGAUGUAUCGCAAAUCCAUGUCAAAGAUUCUGAGAAGGCAUUCACAUAUAAUUACGUUUUGGACACUGAUGCAUCUCAAAUUGACCUAUAUAAUUCAUGUGUCAAAGAUAUAAUUCCAAAUUUAUUUGAAGGAUAUAAUUUAACCAUCCUUGCAUAUGGACAAACUGGUUCCGGGAAAACAUACUCCAUGGGAACGACUUACACAGGAAAUGAAGAUAUGGGUGUUAUUCCCAGGAGUGUAAAACAAAUAUUCGAAAUUGUGAAAGAUAAUUUCACAUUUGACUUCACAAUCACUGUUUCUUUUAUGGAACUAUAUCAAGAAAUUCUUUAUGAUUUAUUAUCUGAAAAACCAAGAGAGCAAUGUAUGUUAGAAAUAAGGGAAGACCCAAAUAAAGGAAUUCACAUACCUGGUUUGACUGAAAUACCUGUCGAGACCACAAAUGAUAUUUUUAAUUGUUUAAUAAGGGGAUCUAGUGGUAGGGCUACAGCAUGUACAAACAUGAAUGCUCAAAGUUCAAGAAGUCAUGCUAUUUUUACGUUAACAAUAGCUAUGCAAGCAAAACAUAAUAGUGAGGAAAAUAAAACAGCAAAGUUCCAUUUAGUCGAUCUGGCUGGUUCAGAAAGACCCAAGAAGACCGGCGCUGUUGGUACAACUUUUAAGGAAGGUGUAAAUAUAAAUAAAGGUCUUUUAGUGUUAGGAAAUGUUAUAUCUUUACUGGGAGAAGAAAAACAAGAAAAUAGAUUUAUACCGUACAGAGACAGCAACCUAACUAGACUCUUGAAAGAUUCCCUUGGAGGAAAUAGCAUAACAUUAAUGAUAGCCUGUGUCAGUCCAGCUGACUAUAACAUAGAUGAAACUUUAUCAACCCUGAGAUACGCUGAUAGAGCCAGGAAAAUAAAAAAUAAACCAAUUGUAAACCAAGAUCCACAGGUAGCUCAAAUUAAUGAAUUGAAAAAGACCGUCAAAAUGCUCCAGCUACAAAUAUUAGGACAAGGUGGACCUACAGUUUCCCUUGAAAAAAUUAGACUUCUUGAACAGGAAGUGGCAGAUAUCAGAGCAAAAAAUCGAGAUCUCACUCACAAGUUAUCCUCGGCGUUGAAUGAUAAGGCUAGUUUUCUUGAGAAAUUAUUACAUCUUCAAACCUGUAAUGAAAUGCUCAGUAAAAAAAUUUUCGACCUAAAGGAAAACUACGACAUAACAUUGAAUAAUAUAACCAUCGCCCUUGAAAGCGGCGAUGCUGAUACUCUCAAAGAUUGCAAAACUAAAUUUGAAGAAAUGAAACAUCAGUUUGAAGACCUUAAUGCAGAAACGAAAAAGGCUGAGGUGGAUAUGAAUGAACAAGAAGCAGAAUUUACCUCCCUUAUGGAUGCUAAUAACCAUUGCAAUGAAACUCAAGCCAAAGAAAUAAACGAUAUUCAAGAACAUUACGCCACAAGACAGAUUGAAUUGAAUAAUGAAUUGAAGGAAUUGAUGAAAAAACUUGCCAUGAAGGAAUUUUUAGCCAAGGAGCUCGAAAGGAACACUCAAAACAUGGUCGAUUACAACAAUAUUCGGGAAAAUGAACUGAGAAUUGAAGCUUUAGAGAAAGAAAAAAAUGAACUAAUGCAACAACUGAAAAAUGUGCAACACAAUGUUCCAAGUAAAAUUGCGGAGGAGCGGCGUAAAAGGGUGAAGGAACUAGAAAACCAAAUUCACGAACUAACAAGAAAGCUCAAUGAGCAAAAUAAACUCAUAAGAUUAAAAGAAAAGGACGAACACAAAAUCAAGCAAUUAAAUCAUGAAAUAUUGCUGAUGAAACAAAACAGAGUGAAAUUGGUGAAGAGUAUGAAAGAGGAAUCUGAAAAGUUCCGGACUUGGAAAUUGCAGAGGGAAAGGGAGUUGGCAAAGCUUCGACAAGAAGAUGUUAAGAAAAAGAAUCAAAUUCAGAAGAUGCAGACUAUGCAUUUGAAGCAACAAAAUGUUCUGAAAAGAAAGGUCGAAGAGGCUGUUGCAGCCAAUAAGAGAUUGAAAGAUGCCUUAGCAACUAGAAAAAUAGCACAAGAACUCAAAUCUUCUGGACUUGAGAGGUUCACAAAUUGGCUCAAACAUGAAGUUGAGGUAGCAUUAGGUUUCACAGAAAUUGAAAUGACAUUGGCAGGCCUGUUAGAAGAUAGAGCAUUACUGCAGAAACAAUUAGAUAAUUUGCAAUCCUCAAGUAAUCCCGAUUUGGCCGAAAUCAAGAAUUUAGAAUAUGACAUAGAAUUACGUUCUGUUCAAAUUCAAGAUAUGCAACAGAAACUCCUAGAUGCCGAUGAUGAUGCGAAAUCAAGAAUCAAUUUAGACAAUAUCCAAACUAUGGCUGAAGCCAAGCAAGGAAUGAGAGUACUCAUCGAUUUAGCCAUGGAACUUAAGAAAAAAGAAUGUAGCUUAACAAUGAAAUCAAUUGAAUUAGAAAAUACUCCUAGCGAAAACCACCCAGAAAAAAAAGUUUAUGAUGAAAAGUUGAAAGAGCUGGAAAAAGAAUAUUCUUCAUCCCUCAAUAAUUUAGAACAAGAAUAUCAAGAAAAAAUAGCGAUCCUUCUUGGACAGCUCAGAGGAGUGGAAUUGAAAGCGAACAAUUCAGAAACAGAUAGUUUCAGUAAAAUAAUAAAAAUGCAGACUGAACAAUUAGAAAUCCAAGGGAAAAAAAUAGAAGAAUUGAACAAAAUAUUAGAGCAAAAGGAAAAAGAGAGAGAAGUUAUUCCUCAAUUAAAAUUAUCUGACGUCAAAGAAGAAACACCUCCGAAAAAAAUAAAAUUACUCGAUGGAACUUUCGUCGUUGAUGGGAAGGAGAAUUUCGAUACGCCGCAUGUCGAAGAGGAUAAUAUUCUAAAAGAUCCUGAUUGGGUUAAAACUCCAAUUGGCAGAAGAGUGAUGGUUGAGAAAAAGAAUAUAGUCCAAACAAUGAGGCAGACUAUGAAAUCAAAGUUAUCGUUUGAAGAUGAUCAAAAAACCGAAAAGCCAGGUAAAAGAUCUUCUGAUGGAGGGUGUGCCUGUACAACUAAUUGUCAGUCCAACAGAUGUGGAUGUCGAAAAACAGGCCUGAGUUGUAGAGGAAAUUGCAAGUGUAAUACUUUAGCUUGCACGAACAGAACAGAGGAAACCAUAGAACAGAUUUCGGAUAAAAGGACUUUCAAAAAACCAAGAAAAACAUGCGUAGCUAUCAGAAGAGCUGCCAAAUUCAAUGAAUUCUUCCAUCCUGAAACACCCUGAAUCCCUACACCCAAUUUCCUAAGAGUUAAAGUGUGAACAAAUGCCAAUAUUAUGGAUUGUAUAAAGCUGUGAUACUCCGUAUCUUAAGAUAGAUGAGGUCUAUAAUUUGCUCUCAGAAAGAUGUUUAGAAUAUGCUUAUUGAAGAUGUUCUAAUGUCAUUAAAUUGAUUAUUGUAUGAUAAUUUUUAUAAUUAACAUAUACAGACUGGUUUUUAUUUA